UUUGUCAUUCCUUUACGUCAGCUGCCGUAAAGCGUCGAAUUCUAACGCUACUUUGUAGAAUGACUACCUGAAGCAGUUCCAUCCCAGGGGAAGCGACGACAGUCCGUGGAAGAAGCCUUGCUUUUAGCCAGUCAUCGCCAUGGCCUCCGACAGCGGCGACAGCAACCUGGACAGGGAGAUGAUUCUGGCGGACUUUCAGGCUUGCACUGGAAUCGACAACAUUGCAGAGGCAAUCGCCUUGUUAGAGCUUAAUAACUGGGACUUAGUGGCCGCCAUCAAUGGGGUGAUACCACAGGAGAAUGGCAUCUUGCAAAGUAACUUUUCCAGUGAGGCGAGCCAAGCCAGCAUGUACGGACCUCACAACACGUCAGAGGCAGCCGAUGUCGUAGCCGAAGGCGCAGUUCCUUCGCAAUCCUCUUUGUCUUCGUCCCCUUCUCCGUUGUCUUCCUUGGCUUCCACGUUUUGUCCCAGCGCACCUUCCUCCCGACACAUCAUAGAACGCCUGCCUCGGAUGCUCAACUUUAGGGUGGAGUACCGGCAACGCACUGUUGAGCUGGUGCUGGAGGAAGGCAGAACAGUCGGUGAAAUCAAACAAAUUCUUGAAACAGAGCUUGGUGUUCCUGUAUCCAAAAUGCAGCUGAAAGGAUGGAAGAGUGGCGAUGUGUCAGAUAGCACGGUGCUACGAAGUUUACACCUGCCAAGGAACGUCAGCCUGUAUGUCCUGACCCCCGACAUUGCCCCUACCGCCAGCACCAGCAAAAACAGUUCUCUCCCAGACUCGCUAAACCAGAACUUCCUGCUAGUCAUCAGUCACCAUGAGGCCCAGAGGGACUACAGCCUCAACUUUCCAGGCUCUCGAACCAUACAGGAGGUGAAGAGGAAUGUGUCAGACCUAACCAACAUCCCAGUACGGCAUCAACAGUGGGAAGGAUGGCCAGCAUCAGCAUCUGAUGACACUACAACGCUUGCUGCCUCUGGCAUCACCUAUCCCUGCCAUCACCUCACUGUUUGUCGAAGGUCCUCACCAGCCAAUGCCCAAGAACCCACAGAAGAGAGCACAGAUGUCCACAUGAUCAGCGACAGCGAGGGGGACGAUUUUGAGGACGCAUCAGAGUUUGGAGUGGAUGAUUCAGAGAUGUUCGGAACGGGCGCCUCUGGCUGUCGGAAAACGCCAAUGAUGCCAGAGAAUAGUGAGAACGAAGGUGAUGCCUUACUGCACUUUACAGCUGAAUUUUCUUCAAGGUAUGGAGAAAACCACCCAAUGUUCUUCAUUGGUUCUUUGGAAGCAGCGUCUCAAGAGUCAUUCUAUGGCAAAGCCAGAGAAAGAAAGCUGCUGGCCAUCUACCUCCACAAUGACGACAGUGUCCUCAGUAAUGUCUUCUGUUCCCAAAUGAUGUGUGCCGACUCCAUUGUUUCCUACCUGAGCCAGAACUUCAUCACAUGGGCCUGGGACGUCACAAAAGAAGCUAACAAAGCCAGGCUACUCACCAUGUGCACGAGACAUUUUGGGAGUGUGGUGACACAGACUAUACGCACAUAUAAGACAGACCAGUUCCCUUUACUGCUUAUUGUCAUGGGAAAACGCACCUCCAAUGAAGUUCUAAAUGUUAUUCAAGGCAAUACGACAGUGGACGAGCUAAUGAUGAGGUUAAUGGGAGCAAUGGAAAUCUUCACAGCACAGCAACAAGAGGACAUAAAAGAUGAGGACGAGCGGGAAGCAAGAGAGAUGGUGAAGAGAGAACAGGAUGAGGCCUACCGUCUGUCUUUGGAGGCUGACCGAAAGAAGAGGGAAGCUCAAGAGCGAGAAGAGGCUGAGCAAGUUCGCUUGGAGCAGAUGAGAAAGGAGCAGGAGGAAGAGAAGGAGGCCAUCCGUUUGUCCCUGGAGCAGACCCUACCGCCGGAGCCUGGCGAGGAGUCAGUGGAGCAGAUCAGCAAGCUGCGAAUCCGCACGCCCAGUGGAGAGUUUCUGGAAAGGCGCUUCCUGGGCAGCUGUAGGCUCCAGGUCCUCUUCGAUUUUGUGGCUUCCAAGGGAUACCCAUUCGACGAGUUCAAGCUCCUCACCACCUUCCCUCGUAGAAAUAUCACCCAGUUGGAUCCGGGAUCAACUCUGCUGGAGGCCAAGUUGUUUCCACAGGAGACUCUCUUCCUGGAGGCCAAAGAGUAGAAAGUGACUGACUGAACUGGCCGAACACAUGAGCAUGGGCCCGAAACCAUCUGGGUCUACACAGUAUACACACACACACACACACACACACACACGCACACACAGGCAUGCAGUGACACUCAAGUGCAAGUAAGCUUUUCUGUCCUCUGCAGCCUGGUCAUGGUACACCAUUUCCUGGUGUGCAGGUGUUGCACAGAGGAGCAAAGACAAUAAUAUCACAAGCACACAGCCAACUCCACCUUCCCAAAAAACUACAACCCCCCCCCAAACCUAAAUCUGUCUUUUGCUCUUCCUCCCCCAGUCUCCCGCACACUUCACAUCGUGUGUGUGUGUGUGUGUGUGUGUGUGUGUGUGUGUGUGUGUGUGUGCGUGCGUGCGUGUGUGUGUGUGUGUCAUCGCUUGCCUCAAACACACCACACAGUGACGCCAUGGAGAUCCCGACUAGACAGACGUUGAUCACAGGAAAAACACUUGUUCACCCCCGAGCGCCUCAUCGACCACAUUCAACACAACCAAGGAUGCUUUUCCUUUGUUACUACAUGGUUUUUGCGUUUGAAAGAUUCAAUAAAAGCCAGCGAGAAGAGACAA